ACGGCUUUAUUAACCUCCUCCUCCUCCUCUGCUUCCCCGCCGAAACCAAAAAACCCUCGUUCCCCACUCUCCUCUGGAUUGCCCUCCUCCUCCCUCGGCGGUUUGUUCAUCGCCUCCGCUGAAAAAUCAAACCCAAAACCAAGAAAGGGGGCGAAAAUGGCCGAGGCGAACUCGUACGAGGAGCAGCGCAGGAGGCAGGUGGAGGAGAACAAGCGGAAGCUGGAGGAGCUGCGCCUGCACCACCUCUCCGCCGCCGUCCGCGAGGCCGCCGUCAAGCCCAGGCUGAAGAGGAAGGCCCCGAAGCCGCGGGACGCCGCCGAUGACGCCCCGCCCCGGCGUUCCGGCCGUAUCGCCACCCUCCCCGAGCAGCCCGACUAUCGCGACAAUGUAAAGCUGGGCACCGGGAAACCACGGCAGCAGAAGGAAGUAAAGCCUGAUCAUGCGUACGCCAUCGCCAAGGCCGAAGAGCUACAGGAUGAGCUAGGCUCCGACUACCCGACCUUUGUCAAACCCAUGCCACAGUCUCUUACCUCGCUGCAUAUCCCGGCACAGUUCAGCAUGGAGCAUCUCCCGGACAAUGGCAUGAGAAUGGUUUUGGUGGAUGAGGAGGAGGAGGAGUUUAAGGUGAGCUAUCGUCCACACAGUAGCAGUCUUGUCGCCGGGUGGAGCGAGUUUGCCAUCGACAAUGAGCUAGUUGAAGGUGAUUGCUUGGUGUUCCAGCUGAUCAAGAGGGCAUUGUUCAAGGUCUACAUAUUCAGGGCAAGUUCGUACUAUGAAAAUGAGCAUUAAUGGAGCAGCCGGCAGGCUCCUGGUUGCUUCAUGUCAACUUGUGUUGAACUAGCACAGUUCAGAAAUCUGCACUAUCUCAGCGGUUAGUUAUGUAUGUAUGGCUACUGUCAGGCAUUAUUAGAAUCUCUCGUGUGAUUGCAAGUCGUAUGGUAACUGUCGGCAUCUUGUAAAGUUUGUUGAUUCGUUAUGUGGACGAACAAUUUAAAUGGUGUUGUCGUUUUGUCAA